AUGAAGCAAAGCGUGGAGGAGAACGGAUUGGCGAAAUUCAGGGAAGGCUACCAAGAAGCCCGGAUUCAAGUCCUGUUGGCCGUGGCUUAUUCGGCAGGCUUAGGGGGGACGGGGACCCUCACUGGGUCAACUCCAAAUCUUCUCCUUAAAGGAUUUGUGGACGAGAUGUACGGGUCUGAGACAGGUUUGAAUUAUGGGUCUUGGAUGGCCUUCAGUGUCCCAGGAAUGUUACUCAAUGUCAUCCUCGCCUGGCUUUAUCUCCAUGGCAUUUUCCUCCUAGCCCAAUGGAGGGAGCGUCGGAAGCAUCCAGAGAAAGGUGGGCCGAGUCAAAGUGAAAUACGAAAAGUAGAAGUAGCAACUCGUGCUGUGAUCGACAAGAAAUACAAGGAACUCGGAUCCAUUUCUUUCCAUGAAUUUAUGACUCUGAUCUUAUUCAUCAUCCUCGUCCUGCUUUGGUUCUUCAGAGAUCCGCAGUUCAUCAGUGGAUGGGGCGAAUUAAUCAAAGGCGAUAGGGGUUUGAAAGUCGGAGAUGCAACUCCUUCUAUAUUCAUAGGUUUUCUCUUCUUCAUCAUCCCUGCAAAACCGAAAUUCUGGUGCUUCCGAGAAUCAUCGGAUAAACUGUCUGAAUGGAGCCCGGCCCUUCUCAACUGGAGGAUCCUUCACGAGAAGGUCCCCUGGGGGUUGAUCUUCCUCGUUGGAGGGGGAUUCGCAAUAUCGGAGGCUUCAAAGGCAUCCUGCUUGUCCUAUUUCCUAGGUCAGCAGAUGGGAAGUUUGGGUUUCAUGCCACCAGCACUUCUUGUCUUCAUCAUCACUCUCAUGACGGCCAUAAUAACAGAAGUGGCUUCCAACACGGCCACAGCUACCAUCCUCAUUCCCGUCCUUGCCCAGCUUGCGAAUGUGGUGAAGAUGAAUCCUCUGUACCUGAUGAUGCCAGCGACUGUGGCUUGCUCCUACGCCUUCAUGCUCCCUGUGGCAACUGCAACAAAUGCUAUCGUCUACGAGGCCACCCAGAUGAAGACCAUCACCAUGAUUAAGGCCGGGUUUGCCAUGAACGUGAUCUGCGUGAUUGUGAUAAACCUGAUGAUCAACACGUUAGGGCGUGGGCUCUUCGACUUCUCCAAAUUCCCUGAGUGGACAGGAAAUGCGACCCUCUCCAGCUCCUCUUCUUCUCACUGCAACUAUACUCUGUAGUAGUAUGCAAUACCUUCCCAGACAUUUUAAUCACUU